CUCUUUCCUCUCCUGACUAAGUUUCUCUGGCUUCCCUGAGGCUGCAGGUGUUAAUCUGGGGGGCCCUGGGCCCUGAACCGGCAGCAGAAAUAUGAGGAUCGAGAGCCUCCUCCUCCUGGGGGCCCUCCUGGCUGUGGGGAGUCAGCUGCCUGCUGUCUUUGGCAGGAAGAAGGGAGAGAAAUGGGGAGGCUGCCCAGCAGAUGAUGGGCCGUGCCUCCUAUCGGUGCCUGACCAGUGCGUGGAAGACAGCCAGUGUCCCUUGACCAGGAAGUGCUGCUACAGAGCUUGCUUCCGCCAGUGCGUCCCCAGGGUCUCUGUGAAGCCGGGCAGCUGCCCACAGGACCAACUGCGCUGCCUCAGCCCCAUGAACCACCUGUGUCACAAGGACUCAGACUGCUCGGGCAAAAAACGAUGCUGCCACAGCGCCUGUGGCCGGGAUUGCCGAGAUCCUGCCAGAGGCUAAUUCUGAUUUAGGAUCCGUGGCUCUGCACCUAAGCUGGGGACCAACGGAAAGAGUUCACGAUGGGAGGCCUGGGGCCCUGCCCACUGGACAGCACUAUCUCUACUAGCGGUGGUUCCAGCCUUCUGAUAAACACUGGCCUGCUGUCACUUCCCUGCAACGCAUCCGCCCCUGGAUUCUCCCCCUGGGAGUCAAAGUCCAUAGCCUGACCUCGGAGGAAGGCCUCUGUAUCACCCCAGCACCCUGCACCACUGCCAUAUGAGCUUCCCACCCUUUCCAACACAUUCACACCAAUCCGUACAUGCUGCUUCCUCCACCAAGAAUGCCCAAUUCAGGCAGACCCUGACCUCUCCCUCAGGCAACCCAACCACCCAGAAUGAAUAUUCUAGCAGAGUUUUCCAAAUAUCAGUCAUUCACCUCUUUCAUGAUUUUCACCAUAACUACAAAAUAGCACCACAAUGGCCUGCAUGCUGCCUGUGCCACCAUUUACUUAACGUUUUCUUUAAAUGACUCACUUUUGUGUAUAAAUAAAUUCAUUUCAAAA